CAUGAAAAUUUUGCCUCAAAAGUGAUAUGCCAGAUAGGACUAUAGGAGUAUUAUUCAAUCCAAAAUCCUAGUGUGGCUAACUGGCUAAGGCUCGUCAAUCACCAAUGAUGAAGAGACCAUAACCAACAAAAAUCCAUGGAAUUAUUCCAGAAUUACUACAUAACAGAAGAAAAACAAAGGCAGAAAACAAAAUCAGAGCUCUGAAAAUCAUAAAAAUCCCAUCUUUUCCAUGUCUACUUCAUCUUUACCACUUCCUACUCCACUUCCACCCCACAAUCUCUCUCCUCACAGACAACUAUCUUCUACAAACUUAUCUCUCCAAGACCCACUUCUUUACUCCAUUGAUGAGACCUCAAAAGCCAUUAAAACCCCAACAAUUCGUUCUCGUUUAAGCCAACUUUGUCGAGAUGGGCAACCCUUUAUUGCACGCCAGAUGUUCGACACUUUGCCUAAACCAACUACUGUUGUUUGGAACACCAUUAUCAUUGGGUUUAUUUGUAACAGUCUCUCCUUUGAGGCUCUUUUGUUCUACUCACGUAUGCGGUCUAUGUCUUCAAUUAAAUGUGAUUCAUAUACAUAUUCAUCUGUUCUUAAGGCGUGUGCCGAUACCCGGAAUUUAAAGGUUGGUAAGGCUGUGCAUUGCCAUGUUAUAAGGUCUGAUCUCAAUGCUAGUAGAAUUGUGUAUAAUUCUUUGUUGAAUAUGUAUUCUACUUGUCUUGGAAAUACGGUUGGUGAGGUUGAUACGGUUCGUAGAGUCUUUGGUACAAUGAAAAAGAAGAAUGUUGUUGCUUGGAAUACUAUGAUUUCUUGGUUUGUUAAGACUGAGAGAUUUUAUGAGGCUGUUAGGCAUUUUAGGUUGAUGAUGAUAAUGGGAAUUAAACCCACUCCUGUUAGUUUUGUUAAUGUGUUUCCAGCUGUUUCGGGUAUUUGUGAUUACAAGGUUGCCAAUGUUAUGUAUGGGAUGCUUCUGAAGUUUGGUGGUGGAUAUGCUGAUGACUUGUUUGCUGUCAGCUCAGCUAUUGUUAUGUUCUCAGAGAUGGGUUCUGUAGAGUUCGCGAGGAAGAUUUUUGAUGAGUGUGUGGACAAGAAUGUAGAGGUUUGGAAUAGCAUGAUUGGUGGGUAUUUGCAAAACAACUGCUGCAUCGAGGCACUUGAUCUUUUUGUGGAAGCUCUUAAUUCGGACCAUGUUUCACUUGAUAAUGUUAGUUACAUUUCUGCUCUAACUACUGUCUCACAAUUGCAGCAUGGGCCAAUUGGUCAACAACUGCAUGCUCAUGUGGUGAAGAAAUCAACUUCUUUCUCUGUCACAGUACUAAAUGCCGUCAUUGUUAUGUAUUCGAGGUGUAACUUUGUUCAGGAAGCUUUUAAGGUAUUUGAUGGGAUGGUUGACAGAGAUAUUGUGUCAUGGAAUACUAUUAUUACUGCUUUUGUGCAGAAUGGAUUGGAUGAAGAAGGACUGAUGCUUGUUUACGAGAUGCAGAACCAGGGGUUUAUAGUUGAUGCAGUAACAGUUAUAGCUAUACUCUCAGCAGCAUCGAAUCUAAGAAGUGAGGCCAUUGGCAAGCAGACUCAUGGAUAUCUAAUAAGGAAAGGGAUCGAGUUUCAGGGUAUGGAGAGCUAUUUGAUAGAUAUGUAUGCUAAAUGCGAUUUAAUAAAGAAAGCAGUAAUUUUAUUUGAAGAAAGUGAUGAGCUAAGCAGAGAUCAAGCAACAUGGAAUUCCAUGCUUUCUGGUAACGCACAGAAUAGAAUGAUUGUAGAGGCUCUUAUUGUACUUCGCCAAAUGCUUGAGAGAAAUGUGCUUCCAAAUGCUGUGACUUUGGCAUCAAUUCUCCCAGCUUGCAGUCAAAUUGGGAGUAUUGCCUUGGGGAAGCAGCUUCAUGGUUUUGCUAUCCGUCACUCUAUUGACCAAAAUGUUUUUGUUGGCACUGCUUUAGUAGACAUGUAUUCGAAGCUAGGAGUAAUUGCUUCUGCUGAAAACGUGUUUGCUUCAGCCCCCACUAAGAGUCCUGUUACGUACACUAACAUGAUAUUGGGUUAUGGCCAUCAUGGAGUGGGAGCUUUAGCUCUCAACUUAUUUGAUGAAAUGCAAAGUUCAGGUGUAAGACCUGAUGCAAUCACUUUCAUUGCAGUAUUAUCUGCUUGCAGCUAUGCUGGAUUGGUUGAUGAAGGCCUUAAGAUUCUGGAGUCAAUGGAGGAAAAAUAUGGGAUUCAACCUUCAAUUGAACACUAUGCUUGUGUUGUGGACAUGCUGGGAAGAGAUGGAAGGUUUACGGAGGCCUUUGAGUUGGCUGAAAAUUUGGGAGAGGUAGGUAGUGCAAUCCAAGCUUGGGGUUCACUUCUUGCAGCCUGCAAAACUCACAGACAAUAUGAAUUGGCAAAAAUCGCUGCCAAUAAGUUACUCGAGAUGGAGUCUAGGAAUAGUAGGAGCGGGUACCAUGUACUACUGUCAAAUGUAUAUGCAGAUGAAGGAUAUUAUGAACUUGCCGAUAGAGUCAGAAAAGAGAUGCGAGAGAGGGGUGAGAGAAAGGAAGUUGGCUGCAGUUGGAUAGAGACUUCUGGUUGUGUAAACUAUUUUGUGUCCAAAGAUAUGAAGCAUCAAGCAUGUGAGGAUAUAUAUGAGAUGCUGGCAAAGUUAGCUACUAAUAUGGAGGAUGCUGGUUACAGUCCUCUUUGUUAUGGUGAUACACCAAUGGACGAGAUACCUGAAAAUGAUGAUUGGGUUCAAAGAGCUAUGCAGUUGAGUUCUGUCAGUUCAUAGUUGAUUGUGAUACCCAACUCCAAGAUAAGCUUCUACCAGAGUAAUGAUAUUGUGGCGGUUCAAAGUAAAAAUGAAGUCUCCUGGCGUGUAUGCUAAGAAAAUUUCCCUUGUUCUUGCUAUAUCGAAGCUAAGUUUGUAUGUUGCAUAGAGGGGGAAUCCGUGCUCAUAGAAUUCCUGUUGCUAAGGAUUUGGGAAGUGUCAAGUCUUUGACUGCCUCAGAGAAAGGAACUUAAGAGCCUGAAAACCCUCGAAAAACAACUACAUAAUGGACAUGACUUGAAGCCGAUCCAACAAAUUGAUACUUUUGACAGGUCUAUGCCACUUUCACAAAAAGCCCACUUGCUGAAGAUUUCCAGUUGUAAUUUGUAAUUUCAAUUUAGAAAGUAGAUGCCUCUCCUGAAGAGGAAGAUUGUGCUUGCAUUUGAUGCAGAGAGGAUACUACUAAUGAGAGCUUGCAAAUAAUGGCGAAAUAGAGCAAUAUAUUUUGACGUGCAACUGAUACGUCUGUGAAACUAAGACUCACUUUGAGAGGGUCUCCCAAUUGUGGACUUACGGUACUAAUUGUGCAACUGUUACUGGUGAAAAGAGAAAGGUGGCAAUAUUUUCCAGUUUUCUGAUGGAAACUUCAAAGUGUUCCAGGGGCUCCAAGUUUGAUAUCAGAGCAAUCCAGCUGAUUGGAAGCUUAAUGUGGGAAUUUCUUGAAGAAAGUUAAACUCAACAAGUCCCAUUUCUUGGUGGAGAAUUGGUGAUGAAGUGGACUAUUCUGAAGCGCAGUAUCAUUUAGCCCCGGGGUCGAUCAAAACAGAACUAGAAGCAACUGAUUAGCAAACAACAGCUUCAGCUGUGAUGGGAUCUGGCUCAUAUUGAAGCCUGGUAUAUUUGCCAUUUCUCAUGUUUCUCCUCCAAUCUAUCCUUUUGAAAUGGCUGCUUUAAAUACACAAUGAUGAAAGGAGCUUAAAGUACACCGAAUAAUAAAAUUGUUUAAAGAAAAUGAAAAUGAAUAUCUUUCAUGUAAAGUUCAUACACUCCAGCUAGAAAAUAGGUUAAUCAUGGAAUCUAUACUUGGUUUGGAUAAUAUCUGUUUGCAUUGUAGGUUUAGGAUGAGACACACAGGAAUGUAACAAAUCAUAUAUAAUAUUAAAGCAAGAAAAAAUUAGCCUAUGUGGCAGCCUCAUAGAAA